GAGAGAGAGAGAGAGAGAGGGAGAGAGAGAGAGAGAGAGUCAGAGGUGCAGAGGGAGUUUUUGCUGCUGAGGGAAAAGCCAGAGUUAUUCAGGAGGCAGAAAAUGGGACCGGCUGCCACCUCGCUCGCUCUACUGUGUUUAUGUUCUCUGGGUGUGUGUGUUCCUUCAGGGACGGCCGACGCUGCACCGACACAGGCUACUCUUCAGGAGGUGAAGAGGCCCAGAGGGGAUGUCCCUGACAUUCAUCCAGAGCCCGAACCAGAGCCAACCAGCCCACUGUCAGACUUUGAAAACUCAUACAACUACGUCUUAUCCAGACUGGCCAGUAUGGACCAGGCGAUCCACAAGCUGAAUGUUGGUCACUACACGCUGGAUGUUAAAGUCAGUCAGCUGAUGGACCGUCUGUCCAGGAUGGACGCCAAGGUCGGGGAGCUGGAGGACAGCAUCCGGGAGGUCCAUCAGCACAGCAAGGACAACCGCAAAGAGAUUGGAAGACUGGAAGGUUGCCAGAAGGGACGCAGGAUUGGAUACAAGUGUUAUCUGGUGUACAACAGCUACGAGGAUUACGCUGGAGCGUCCAAAAAGUGUCUGGAACGUGGCGGCCGCAUGGCGAUGCCCCGCGACCGCAGGGAGCAGGAGGCCCUGGCCGACUACGUCAAGUCCUUCUUCCACCCGGGGAACUGGCCCGUCUGGCUGGGCAUCAAUGACCUGCGAUCCGAGGGCAUGUACCUUUUCGACGACGGGACGCGAGUCUCUUACUUCCAGUGGCGCAAGCACUUUCUGUCGAGCCAGCCGGACGGGGGGAGGCGGGAGAACUGCGUGGCGAUAUCGUCAGACGACGGCGACUGGUGGGACCACUACUGCGAUCGGACCAUGAACUAUCUCUGCGAGUUUGAUGAGAGGGUGGCACUUUAAAAUUAACAUUUUUCAAACUAGCUUUACUUUCCCACCACCUUACUACUACUUUAAACUUCCGGUUUUUGAUCAAUAUAAAUGACACUCCAGUAUAUUUUCAAAUAACUUAUUUCCCUUUAAAAGACUCUUUAGACAUGCCCGGAUUGGUUGCUUGCAAAGGUGAGGAAGUUUUUCCAAUUCUCCAUUGUGUUUUAAUAUAAAUAGCACGUAUAAUUUCAUUUUGGUAUACAAUUUGUGUAGCAUUGUUUAAGUAGUGUCAGUCACGAAAAUAUUUCGCAGUAUUUUAGGUUUUUAAAAAGGUGAAACAUGUCUCAAAUGCGCACAAAUGUAUGUAUUGCUAUUUAACUUCUGAAAGUACAGAAUAGGACGUAAUCAGAUUAUGUUACUAAUAUAGAUAUCCUAUUAUUCAUACAGCUGCAGUGAUAUGAAUGUAAACCAGUCAGGACUCUGCUGCGAUUUCAUGCAUGGAGUUCUAAAUAUUUGUUCUAAGCUUCCAAAAAAAAAAAAAAAAAGGGGAGAAAAUACGAAAAGCUGGAGGCACUUACUUCAGAGUUAGCACUUACUGAACCUCUUGACGAUAUAAACCGGUGUGUUUUUGGGUUUAGCCGGGAUCAGGCAACGCAACUCUGCGACUUCAUACCUUUGAAGAUUUUUUAACAAAGUCUGGCACGGGGCGUGACUGCCCUGUUAAACUGCUCGUUCUCCCAACAUCAUCGGCAAGAACAGGCCGACAUUUUUAGAGCUGUAGUCUCGCGUCUGAGUCCCCUUUCGCCCCCCCAACGAUGACACGUUGCCGUAUCUCAAUGUGUCCUGAGUCCUACAAAAAUGAUAAAGUUGUCUUGUACAUAAAAGUCUGAAUGUAAAUAUUUGGAAUAAAUCUUUACCAAGGGUUGACAUGGUUUACGGCCUAAUUUUCUGAUCAGUCGUGUUAAAUAGGAAAAAGACGGAUUUGC